AGCCCUUUCCUUAUUGUGAAACUUUUUUUCCCAACAAAAACGUUAUUGUUUCAAGCAGGGACUUCCCCCCGUUUAAUGAAAGAGCUUUUUCAACAAAACUUUAUUGUAGCCGGAAGUGACACCGCGGCCCGUUGUUGCCGGAUUUUUUUUUUUUUUCAACAAAUCUUUAUCGUUCCCCCACCCGCGGACAGCGGCGGGCAGGAUGGCGGCGGCGGCGCUGGGGGCCGGGGGGGGCCCAGCGGGGCCGGCCGAGGCGGAGGCGGCGGAGCCCCGGCGGCGGCCGCACGGGAUGCUGAAGCUGUACUACGGCCUGCCGGACCCGGCGGCGGGGGAGGCGGGGCGGGCGGCGGACGCGGGGGGGCCCACGGACAUCAACGGGCCCCGCUUUGACCCGGAAGCUUUUCUCACCAAGCUGCAGAAGGAGUGCCCCCUGGCGCAGCUGAUGGACUGCGAGACCGACAUGGUGAAGCAGAUCCGGGCGCUGGACAGCGACAUGCAGACGCUGGUGUACGAGAACUACAACAAGUUCAUCUCGGCCACAGACACCAUCCGCACGAUGAAGAACGACUUCAAGCGCAUGGAGGACGAGAUGGACGGCCUGGCCGCCAACAUGGCCGCCAUCACCGAGUCCAGCGCCCGCGUCAGCAGCACCCUGCGCGACCGCCACGAGCAGAUCGCCAAGCUCUCGGGUGUCCACACGCUGCUGCGGAAGCUGCAGUUCCUGCUGGAGUUGCCGGCGCGGCUGACGCGCUGCGUGGAGCUGGAGGCCUACGGCACAGCCGUGCGCUACCACGGGCGGGCACGGGCCGUGCUGCACCACUACCGCCACCUGCCCUCCUUCCACGGCAUCCAGGCCGACUGCCAGGUCAUCAUGGCCGGCCUCGCCCAGCGCCUGCGCCAGAGGUUCAGGGACGGGGGCUCUGGGGCCAAGGACCUAGCGGAGUGUGUGGAGCUGCUGCUAGAGCUGGAGGAGCCGGCUGAGGAGCUGUGCGAUGAGUUCCUGGCUCAUGCUGGUGCCCGCCUGGCAGCUGAACUGGACACACUAGAGGCAGAACUGGGCCCUCCAGGCGGGGCCCCAACCUGCGACAUCCUUGAGUUCACCGACCGCGGCUGCAACAGCUUUGUGGGCAACCUGUGCCUGGUUAUCGCCUCUUACCAGGAGCUGUUCGUGAGCCGAGCGGGCGCCGCCCCCAUUGCCCCCAUGGCCCGAGCCAAGCUGGCUACCUUCGUGGAGGGGCUGCUGGGGCGCUACUUUGGGCUGGUGGAGAGGCGGGUGCAGCUGGAGAAGGGCGUGGGCGACAGCUCCCUGCUGGUGCGGGCGCUGGACCGCUUCCACCGGCGCCUCCAGGCUCUGGAGCAGCUGCUGCCGGGUGCAGGGUCAGCGAGUGAGGGCACGGCCAUUGUGGAGCGAGCGGCCAGGGCACGGGUGGCCCAGUACCUGCAGGCCCUGCGGGGCUUCUACCAGGACUGCCUGACGGACGUACGCCAGGCCCUGGCUGCCCCCCGCCUGGCCGGCAAGGAGGGGCCUGGCCUGGCCGAGCUCCUAGCUACCGUCUCAGCCUCGCUGCUUGGCCAGGUUAAGGCCGUGCUAGGCUAUGUCCACCUUUUCACCGCCAGGGAUGUUGCCUUCUCCAACAAGCCCUACUUCAAGGGUGAAUUCUGCAGCCAAGCUGUGCGUGAGGGGCUGGUGGUUGGGUUCAUCCGGGCCGUGUGUGGGACAGCCCAGCAGUUUUGCGAGGCACCAGGGGACCGAGGCGGCACUGCACCCCCCGCCCUGCUCCUUCUUCUCUCCCGCCUCUGCUUAGACUACGAGACCUCCACCAUCAGCUACAUCCUCACCCUGGCCGAUGAGCAGUUCCUGGUGCAGGCCGAGGUGGCAGGGACGCCGGGCAGCGUGCUGUGCGCCGAGGCCCGGGCGGCCGCCCAGCGCCUCCUCACCCACUACGUGCGGGUGCAGGGCCUGGCUGUGUCCCAGAUGCUGCGCAAGAGCGUGGAGACGCGCGACUGGGUGGGCACCAUCGAGCCCCGCACCGUGCGCGCCGUCAUGAAGCGCGUCGUGGAGGACACCACUGCCAUCGAUGUGCAGGUGGGGCUGCUCUACGAGGAAGGCGUGCGCAAGGCCCAGAGCAGCGACUCCAGCAAGAGGACCUUCUCCGUGUACAGCAGCUCCCGGCAGCAGGGCCGCUAUGCACCUAGCUACACCCCCAGUGCCCCCAUGGACACGAACCUGCUGAGCAACAUCCAGAAGCUUUUCUCCGAGCGCAUUGACAUUUUCAGCCCUGUGGAGUUCAAUAAGGUCUCGGUGCUGACGGGCAUCGUGAAGAUCAGCCUGAAGAGCUUCCUGGAGUGCGUGCGGCUGCGCACGUUCGGGCGCUUCGGGCUGCAGCAGGUGCAGGUGGACUGCCACUACCUGCAGCUCUACCUGUGGCGCUUCGUGGGCGACGAGGGGCUGGUGCACGGGCUGCUGGACGAGAUUGUGGCCAGCGCCGCCCACCGCUGCCUCGACCCCGUGCCCAUGGAGCCCAGCGUCGUGGAGGUCAUCUGUGAGCGCGGGUAGCUUCGCCCUCUGACCCUGGGGGGGGUGGGGGGAAGACACUGGGGUGUCUGGGGCCAGUGAAAGAGGUGUGGCUAAGGGCAGAGGUGUGGCCAGUGAUGGGGGUGUGACUGAGGAUAGGGGUGUGGCCAACUGGGGUGGUAAUGGGUGUGGCUAAGGAUAGGGGGCAUGGCCAACCAAUGGGCGUGGCUACAGAUGGGGGCAUGGCCAACUGAGGGUGCUGAUGGGUGUGGCCAGUGCUGGGGAGUGGCUAAGGUUGGGGCAUGGCUCAUGGUGUGGGUGUGGCCAGCUGGGGGUAGUGUUGGGGCAUGGCCAGUGAUGUGGGCGUGGCCAAGGAGCACUAGGGAUGGGGGCAAGGCAAGCUGUGGGGGUGGGGCUUGCCCCUGCCCUGGGGUGGGCUGGGGUUGCACCCCUGUGCACUGCUCCUGCCCUGUGCUGCAGGAGGGGCUCUGGGGCUUCCCCGAGGUAGGGGGGAGCCCAUGUGUGCCCUUUGCCCCCCUCUACUCCAUUCAGGAGGGGGCCGCACUCAAUAAACCCACCCACGGUC